CCUGGGCUCCAUGUUCUACACUUUCCCUUCCCCAGACCCAGCUGUGUCUCCUCUUAUUCCAGGAUAUCCUGUUGCUGCUCUCUCCCCUUCCCCCACUAUCCUAUCCCUCCCCUCUCCCAUCUCAAGAUGGCAUCCAGUGGCUCUGAUGGGGCAGAGAUGAAGGGGGAUGAGGAGGGUACCUCAGCCCAGGGCGAGGGGACUGGAACUACUCCUGGAGCAGAGACCACCCUUCCCCAGGCUCCAGCUGGGGCCCAGGACAUCAAAGAGACCCCCCAAAGGGGUUCAGAUUCCACCAGACCCUCAGAUGAAGGCCUAGAAGUGGGGACAUCCCCUGAACAGACAAUAAAAACUUCAGAGGCACCAGAAGGGAUCCCAAACCCAGCCAAGAACAUAGACUCCAUAACAGACCCUGGAAGUUCACUGGCAGAACAGACCCCUGGAGCCGACUCACAUCCUCAGCCAGAAACCUACAAAGAAUCUGUCCCAGCCCCAGAAGGGAGCAAAGAGCCAGCCCCAGAAGGGAGCAAAGAGUCCGCCCCAGAAGGGAGCAAAGAGUCCGCCCAAGAAGGGAGCAAAGAGUCCGCCCCAGUUCUAGAAGUAAACAAAGAACCAUCUCCAAUCCCAAGCCCAGAAGCAGAACAGGAGACUAAGCAGGAACCAGUGUCUGACCUCAGGCCAGUCCCCCAGCCUACAUCUCCUGUCCAAAAGGCAAAGCCUAUCUCCACAGCCCCUGAGGACCUAACGGAGGACCUGAUGGAGAAACAAGAGAAUGGGGCAGCAGUGCCAGUGCAGGCUGGAGAGGGGGACAAGGGCACAAUUCCUCAGCCCCACUCUCCUCCUCCACCCAAAGGCCCUCCAGCCAAUGGGGCACCCCCAAAAGUGCUCCAGCAGCUGGUGGAUGAGGAGAGAGGAGUUGGGGGGCAUGGUGCAAAGCCUGGCUCCCCCAGAGGCAGCCUAAGCCGCCAGCCCAGCUCCCUGCUAGGGGGGCCAGGAGUUGAGGGGGGCGAAGAGAUCCCAAAGCCACGUGACUACAUCAUCAUCGCCAUCCUGUCUUGCUUCUGCCCAAUGUGGCCUGUCAACAUUGUGGCUUUUGCUUAUGCCAUCAUGUCUCGGAACAGUCUACAGCAGGGUGAUGUGGAUGGAGCUCAGCGCCUGGGAAGGGUGGCCAAGCUGUUGAGUAUCGUGGCAUUGGUGGGUGGGGUCCUCAUCAUCAUUGCCUCCUGUAUCAUCAACUUUGGAUUAUUUAAAUGAGAGGCUCUACCUUGUGUCCCUACGACUUUUUCUUCUGAACUACCAGGGGUCCAUCUCUUCCCUGGGGUGAGGCCUAAUGAUGGCCCCCACUACCAGCCCUUGAUCCUGCAGAGACCCAGGGAGCUGGAUCGGGGCCUUGUUUACGGUAUCCCUUUCCCCUCCUCUUCCUGCCCUUUUUCUAUCCUCUUUGCUCACCUGCCAGUCUUUCCUUUCCUUCUUUCCACCCCUUUGCCCAUCUUCUCUUGCUCCCUCCCGUUUCCCUCUUCCUCAUUUUCUUCCCAUAUGCUCAGCCUCCUUUUCUCCUUGUUCACGGCCUUCUCCCAACCUCUCUUUUCUUCUCAUCACGUCUUUCCCAGUCCCGAGCUGCCCUUUUCUCUCAUUUCCCUUUCCAUCGACUGCCUCAAUUUCUUACCUUGCCCCUUCCCCUUUCCUGGGCAUACUACAAACUGAAUAGACUGAAGUAGGGGCUGUGGUGGGUGACCUGACCCUGUUCCCCACCUCCAGCUGAACAGACUGAUCUUUCUGAAAGCCUCCCCUCCUCCUUCCCUCAUAGGAAGGGGUUGCCAGGGGCUCUGCCCAGCUCAAGUUGGGGAAGGGAGUGAUGGUGGGACAUCCUCCUGGGAAUGAUAUGCAAAAACAAAACCCCAGCCUAUCUCUGACUGUUCAUUCUCUUCAAAGACAAUUCCUGGGAGCAGACUAAGGGUCUGCCCUCCCAAAUAUCUCCCUGUGAAUCAGAGUAUGGGGAGAGAGCUGCAUUGAGGGGCAUGAGGGGAAGGGAGGGGGGUGGGCCUUAAAGAGUUUCCUAAUUUCAUGGGGGGGGGAGGCCUGGGGUGCAUUGCUGUUUGGUCUGUGAUGCCUGUUCUACUCACAUACCACGCAUGAGGGAAUGGAACUGGGGCGGGUAAUUUCUAACCUGGGGGCGUGCUGGCCCAGUCGAGUCACCCGGGCGCUGUGCCCUAGUCUACAUCCCCCUCCCCUGACUGCCAAAAGGAGAGGAUUUUAACAGUUUAUUUAUAUAUUAGUUUAUUUAUAGGGGGAGAGUUGUGCCAUUCACGUGCUUUGUAAGAAAAAAAAAGCCAAAAAAUCGGACCAAAUGCCCAGAGGCUGAACUCGAAGCCUGGGCUUGCAAGGGGCGGGUCCUCGUAGAUUUUUUUAAGGGGACAAAGGCGACUUUGCCUCACAAGGAGGAGCAAGAGGUUUGGGGUGGGGAGCUACCCAGCCCAGCUGGCAGAGAAUUUUUUUUUUCCUUUCUUAAAAAAAAAAGUGUGGGGGGGAACCCACAGAUCUAAAAAACAAAACAAAAAACCAAACCACACACACACACACACACACAACAGAAUUGUCUUACUGGUUACCCAUUUUGUAUGAAGGAUGCUGCAUGAAUCUGAACACCAAUAAACUGAGAUUGUGCAUGAGACGUUGC